AUGUGUUUGAAUGAGGGUGGAAUGUGCGACAUUUCUAACGCCCAUCAGUGGGAAAGUCCGAAGAAUGUGUCAGGGGUUCGAAGUUUUCUAGGCCUUGCUGGCUACUAUCGAAGGUUCGUGCAGGAUUUCUGUAGAGUUGCUCAGCCAUUGACAAAGCUAAUGAGGAAGGACUCUAAGUUCUUGUGGUCCGAGGUGUUCGAGAAUGCAUUCCUAGAGCUGAAAAAGAGGUUGACAUCUGCUCCUGUACUAACAUUGCCUACCGAAGGGAUUGAGUUCGAGAUAUAUAGUGAUGCUUCGAAGAAUGGGUUAGGUUGUGUUGUGAUGCAAGAGGGUAAAGUGGUCGCUUAUGAGUCAACAAUUGAAGGUUCAUGA